UUCAUUUGUAAAUGUACUACGACCCCUACGAAUAUACGACGCGUGACAAGUUAUAAUUUUUCUGCUAGCUUGAGACCAACGUUGCUUCAAAAUGGCUGCCCUCGCCAGUUUCCGAACUUUUUGCAGGAGUCUAUCCAAGAAUGGAAGUGCCACUGCGAACUCGUUUUGCACGUCAAGAGUUGCGGCUACACAGAUGACAGUUCGUGAUGCCCUGAACAUGGCCAUGGAGGAGGAACUUGUCAGAGAUGAACGUGUAUUCCUACUUGGAGAAGAAGUGGCUCAGUAUGAUGGAGCGUACAAGGUUAGCAGAGGCCUUUGGAAGAAAUAUGGGGACAAACGAAUUAUUGACACACCAAUCACUGAGAUGGGAUUUGCAGGAAUCGCAGUUGGUGCUGCCAUGGCUGGUCUUCGUCCAAUUUGUGAAUUCAUGACAUUUAACUUCUCCAUGCAAGCAAUUGAUCAAAUAAUAAACUCGGCAGCAAAAUCCCAUUACAUGUCAGCUGGACAAGUCACAGUACCAGUAGUUUUCCGAGGACCAAAUGGUGCUGCUUCCGGAGUGGCCGCCCAACACUCGCAGUGUUUUGCUGCUUGGUAUAGUCACUGUCCUGGUGUAAAGGUGGUGUCACCUUAUGACUCAGAAGAUUGUAAAGGCCUCCUUAAAUCAGCUAUCAGAGAUGAUAAUCCAGUUGUCCUCUUAGAAAAUGAACUCCUGUAUGGCACUCAAUUCCCAAUGUCUGAGGAAGCAUUAUCAUCUGAUUUUCUGAUUCCUUUCGGCAAAGCGAAAAUAAUGCAAGAAGGCACUGAUGUAACUUUAGUAGCCCAUUCGAAACCAGUGAGUUUAUGUCUAGAUGUUGCUGAGGAACUGAAGAAGAUAGGCAUAUCAGCUGAGGUUAUUAAUCUUCGCAGUAUUCGACCAUUAGAUGAAGAGACUAUCAUAAACUCUGUGAUGAAAACCAACCACCUGGUCACUGUUGAAGGAGGCUGGCCACAGCAUGGUGUUGGCUCGGAAAUAUGUGCUCGCAUUAUGGAAAGUGCAGCAUUUAAUUAUCUUGAUGCACCAGUAAUCCGAGUAACAGGAGCCGACAUACCCAUGUCAUACGCAAAACAGAUGGAGGAGAAUUCCUUACCACAAAUUCAUAACGUUAUUUCAGCCGUUAAAAAAGUGCUAAAUGUUCAAUAGAAACUAUCAUCAUAUAGCGAAAUAUUUAUUCAGUGAAGAACUUUUGAGAGAAGCUACGUGUAUGAACACCAAUUUAAUACACCCUGAGUGUAAUGUAUUGUUUUCUAUGUAUUUUACCAUGUGCCUCAUUUUCCAGCUUGGGUUAGUACAAAAUAUGGAAGUGGUCCAAAAGCAGUUAAAAUGACAUUUUAGUGUUAAGUUUGAGGUGUUUUAGGACAGUUGUGGGGAUUGGUUGUCUUAAAAAACUUCACCAUAUUGAGAUAACCUGUAUCGCCGAUGUGCUAUGAUUCCUCAAACCAAAUGACCCGGCUUCUAUUGCGUGCAUGGUGUCAUACCAGAUGUUGCAUGCUGGAUCAAAAAUAGCAUGGAUCAGAUUCGUCUCCUCGUGGAGCAGACUGUUCUGACAUGAAGAUGAAAAGCUCUUCCUUCAUGAUCGCAAAUGAUGUUAAAAAGCUGUGUUUAUUUUGAUACUAAUAGAUUGCUGUAUUUGAGCUGGCAGUCUAGAUCUCCUUAGGAGCAUAAUGCUGCUUCAGAAGGAUUGUAGAUAUGUUUGUUUAGUGUUGUAGACUAGAAAAAAAACAAACGUGAUUGAUGGAAUACUUUUCAACAACAAACUUAUGUGGGUAUUAAUUCCUAUGGGAAUAUCAGUGGAUUACAAAAUCCACCAUAAAAAUUUGAAUCAAGAUUCAAAAGUGUAUAGUUAACUCAUCACAAUGAAAAUUUUGUAACUCUGUGAUUUGGAAAUGCAGUGCAUAAAUGAGUAGUCCUCAUUUGAUACGACUCUGAAGGUUUUUGUAAAGAAUGGCUUUAGUGCUUAUAUACAUGUUAUGUUGCUAUCCCUAUCCAAAACGAUUGUGUAUAAUUUAAUGUAAAUGUGUUGCAUGUAGUUAGUUAUCGAGUGAUGGUGAUAUGUUAUUCUAAGAACAAAUGAAAUGGUC